AUGAGGAGAAGUCUUAUUCCCUGUGAGCGAAUAAGAAAACUUUGCUCGCUUAUAGACGGGGUUAAUUUUUAAUUUAUAAAUAAAUUUUAUUUUUUGUUCAAAAUUUAAAAAAUUGCAAUUCGAAAUAAUUUUGAAGCAAAUAUUAAUUUAAUUUAUUAAAUUUAUUUUUAAAAUUCAAGCUGUUUAAAAUUAAACAGAAUUAUCUAGAGUUUGAUUAUAACAUUAUCUCUUAUAUAUCAAAAUAAUUUAUCAUAAAAAAAUUUUUGUUCGCUCAAGGAGGUUGGGCUUCUGGGCAAAAAAUAGGGAUUUCUAAUGGUUUUGUUCACUCAUGAGGGGAGUUAGUGUCAAAUCAAUUGACGGAUCUGUAGCCUCUUUCUCACAAAAUACCCCAAUUUUAAAUUACCUACUAGAAAGAAACCAGAAGAAAAGAAUAAAUUCGGCUUUAUGUCAAAUGACUUUGUAUUUUUAAUUGAGCGACAUUUACUAGGGGAAAAUUUGUAUGAAGAAUUUUGAUAGUCCGACAAAACGUAAAAUCUCGGUCAAGUAGUACACUAUUUAAAAAUUUGCGAUCAAAUUUUCUUCAUGAAAUACACACUAUUAAAAGCAUAUGAUUAUUAGACCUGCGCCCAUAAAUUCAACUAGCCAAUGAGAUGGAUUCAUGCUUAAAAAGUUAGAAAACGGCCAAGAAAAUACUCGAAGGAUUAAAUCCCCUCAGAGAUGAAAAGAAUUCACAAACGGUAUAAGAACAGUCGACCCAACCUACCCAGUGCAAGAAGACAAACCAAUCACAAACCCAAAAUCUGUGAAAAACCUAAACUCAGGAAACUUGACACAAAUGAUUUUUCAAGGGCAUUCUAAAGAUGAACUAGGGAAUAUGCAUAAGCAAGUAUUAAAGGAAGGGAAAAGAGUCCAUAAUAACGCAAACAGCAGUGAAGAUUAUGUUGAAAAAAGUAUUGUUGAUACCUAUAAUAAUUUAUAAUAAAUAGGCUAUUUAUCUAAAAAAAAUAAUUAUUUAAAUAAAAAUAAUAAAUUGGGAUAUAUACUAUAGUAAUUUAAAUAGGCAAAAAAUAUUUAUUUUAUUAAAAUAUUAAAUUCAAUAGAAUUCUAUAUAAAAAGAAAAAUUUUUAUUUUGGCAGCAAUAAUAAAACUGAAAAAAGAUUAAGAAGAGAAAAUUCAAUCAGCGUCGAUAAGAAACAAAGCCAAAUUACUACGAUACCAGGACCACAUAAACCAUUCUAUGAAAGACCUCAAACUGUUAAAGUUAAACGUGAUUUUAUAUCACAGAUAUCAGAGCUUCCAGGCUCUUUAAAAAGCUCUGAGCCAGAUUUAGAUUCUUAUAAUCCUUGGAUUAAAUUGUCAAGGCAAACCAUAACCUCGGUCGAAAGUGAAAAAAUUUAUGGGACUCCUAGAGCAAGAAAUGGACCAAAACGAGAAAUUUUACCAGGGAAUAUUCAACAUUUUUCUAGCUAUAGUUCAAUAGGAGAACAAAUUGAAGUAUUUUUUAUAUAGUUUCAUCCACAUUACAAAGGCAAAUUAACAGAUAAAGAAGCGUCCAAAAGACUGCUCAGCCCAAGUCGUAUGGAAGAUUCAGGGUUUACUAAAAGAAGUAAGCCAGAAAACGCUAGAGAUAUGUUCAGGAGCUCUAUAUCAAUUUUAGGCUAA